AUGGUCCUGUUGCAGUCUGCUUUGGGAGUCGUCCCCGGGGCAGAGCUCUGCUGUGCCUGGAGCCUGCGCUGCGUAGUGCGACAGAGGCCCUGCCUGGGAGGGUGUGCAGCCUUAAAUGUCAACCUCUGGGUUUAUACUAUCAACUUGGAAUCUCGCUAUUUACUAAUACAAGGAGUUCCUGCAUUAGGUGUUAUGAAGGAAUUAGUUGAACAAUUUGCAUUGUAUGGUGCCAUUGAAGAGUAUCAUGCGCUAGAUGAAUAUCCAGCAGAGCAAUUUACUGAAGUUUAUCUUAUAAAAUUCCAAAAACUGCAAUGUGCAAGGGUGGCCAAGAAAAAAAUGGAUGAACGAAGUUUCUUUGGUAGUUUGCUGCAUGUGUGCUAUGCUCCAGAAUUUGAAACAGUACAAGAAACUAGGGAGAAGUUGCAGGACAGAAGAAAGUAUAUAGCAAAAGCAACAAAUCAGAGAGAUUUCUUUGUGUUAAAGAAAGUAGAGGGGCCUGAGAAGACCAUCUCAAAGAACUCUGACUGUCCGUGGAGUACACCAAGGUCAUGUACAACUGGUAACUGGGAUCCAUCCUGCUUUACAAAUUCUCACAAGGCAUCCCAAAACACAGGAUAUCCAUCUGGGAAUCAGAGCCUGUUGACGUUUCCCCAGUAUGAUAACAAUUGUGCUGAAACUUCUGGGUAUUUGGGGCAAAGCACUUCCCUGACUCUAAAUGUACACCUGGGAGGACGCACUCUGCCAGCUCCUUUAAUGCAGCAAAGAACAGCUCCGAUUGAUAAUGGAGUUGAUAGAUUUAUGCCUCGUACAACUCACCUGCAAGAACGUAAGAGGAAGAGAGAAGAAGGUAACAAGUUUUCCCUUGUUGGAGCAAGUGCGGACAAUACUGAAGUCAUUAUUGGUCCACAGCUACCAGAAAUACCUAAAGUGGAUAUGGAUGAUGAUUCAUUGAAUACUUCAGCUACGUUAAUUCGAAAUAAACUGAAAGAGGUAGCAGAUUCUGUUUCAAGAACAUCUGUGGAAAAGCCAGAGAGUAGCUCAGCCAGACCACUUGUAAAGCAGAGAAGAAGAAUAUAG